GUCAAGCUGUACAGAACGAUGGUGGCCCAGAUUCAGUGGCUAGGUCGGGAAUCCCGGCCGGACGUGUCGGCACGAGCCUCCAUUCAGAGCGCCGCUUUCCCGUCACCCACGGUCAGUGACGCAAUGUUGUGCAUCAAGAUAGUCAAGCAUCUCAAGGGAGCCGCCAGUCAGAAGAUAGUUCUGUGGCCACUGGGCCCGAGCUCGAUGAGCUUCGCGACGGCCCAGUGGCUGUCCAUCCUGUGGAGGGACCUUGUGUUCGGCGACGUCAGUCGCCCAGACUGGCAUCUGUCGCAGUUUCCUUUCUCCGUUGUUUUGAGCCGUGAUUGCACUCUCUCGGAAGGAGUGGAGACUCUCUCCGUGGUUGACGCGAAAUCCAUUUUCGACACUCUUUCGAAGAAUUCGGCCGGGUCGAGAGCCGACCGAAGGAACAGUAUCGAGCUCGCAGUCGUGCGAGACAGUAUGAGCGCUGUAG